AAAGACAGACUAAUUUUUCUGACAACACAAAGUCACCUAUGCUACGUUCUUGGAAUCAAUCAAACCUUAAUAACUUUUACAACACUCCUAUCAACAAUUCUCUAAACUUAAUCUCAUCUAUCCAUAACACAGUCACUUCACUUAGAAAUGACGUCAACAAUAUCAUGGCAAAAUUUCAACAACUCGAUUCCAAGCUCGAUAAAAUUCUCAACACUCUUAUUACUCAAACACCAAGUUCUAAAACUUCUAUCUACAUACAAUUUAAUGAUAUAACUAACUCACAUAAUCAUAAUGACAACAUCAAUGACAUGUUCAUUCAGAAUAAUGAACCCAUUAACAACAUCAUCAACACUCUUUACAAAACUUCCUAUUUUGAUAAGCUUGUCAUCAAUCAACUACAUCAAAAAGAUGUUAUAAUCAAUGAACUCACAAACCAAAAUAAAUAA